AGAAGAAAGGCAACGCAACUACUGCAGUACGUUGAGUUGGCCUGCCUACUUACUAUAUCCUAGAAACUUCCGUUAGAAACUGACUUUUUUUUUCUUGCCAUAUGUAAGACAUAGGCUACAUUGUAGCCAAUAUGUUCCUGUCCGUAAAGUGGCCGGUUUAGAUUGUCGUAGCAUAUAUUUUUUGCAGUGAAACCAUAUUCAACUAACCAUAUCCAACUAAAUUAAAAGACGUUGGAUGUUUUUUAUGGUUUGACUUUCAAUAAGGCGUCUGAAAAAAAUGAAAGUGUGUUUCGUCGUGUGUGUGCUGAGCACGGUGGUAGUUUCUUGUUCGGGAGAAAAUAGUCGCUUCGAGAAGUCAUUCAACUAUUCCCCGGGAAUGAUGCAAUUCCUCCGGGAGACGCUCACGGAUUUGUCCGAGGAGGCGCACGGUUACCUGGUCCACCUUCUCGGGGCAAGGUCCGUUGAAAAUGCACAGAAGUGUUUCUUUCAGGUGGUCAAGUAUCUGGCUGAGGCAGCGGCCAGUGGAGCGAAUGUGGUUAUGAAGUACCUCGCCCAGUUCCUGAUGGCAGCAGGAGUUGAUGUUGAAAUGCCUGUUAACAGUAUCACCCCAGAUGCUGUGGUCUAUAUCGGUCAGUGGCUUCUGCUGGCUCUCAUUGGCUACUGGCUGCUGUCCCUGGCCUUCCGAUGGGUGGCGUCCACUCUGAGGCGGGUCCUGUGGCUACUGAAGCUGGGUGUGGUUUUAGGACUGUUUUGCCUGAUCCUAAGUGACAGCAGUGCUGGAACGGAGACUACGGCGCUGCGAUUGGCCGGCCUGGUGAGCGUCUGCGUCCUAUUGGGUAUCGGGCAUUCUGGCACCGGGGGCGACAAAACCUACCUGGAGGAUCAAGUGAGGGUGCUAGAGAGACGAGUGAGAGAAAUGGAGAGGAGGAAAGAGAAGUGAGGGGUGGCUGGAUGGGAACUGAAAGGCCUUGUUUUGUACAUUAACCUAGGUCUAGGAUCGUAACAAGGACGUUGUACAUAAAGUUGUUUAAAAACAAAAAUGGUAUCGUUUUGCAUAAUGAAGUACUUUGCCUUUUUCAUAAAGAUCUUAGUGAAUGUGUGUGAGAAACAGAAUUGACAGCAAAUAUGAUUGGCUUGUUUUAAAGGAAACAGACGGACAGAGUAUUGUGUUUUCUGUUUAUUGAGGUGGACCUAUGCAUGUCCUACAAUAAAUGCUUUUGAUAUUCGCAGAAUAGAAACACUAAA